UAGGGAACCAUAGAUUCAAAAUAGAGUUGUCAAUUUUCUCUUCUGAGGUCUCCUUCUUGUAAUCUGUCAAGAUGAUAUAAUUUUUUUCUUUUCAAUAAAACAUACUUCAAAAUUAUUUGUUUGCUGCAUUUUUUCUUCUUCAGAUGUAUUGAUUUUAUAGCUAUGCCGGGCAAGAGGAAAAUAAAAUGUGAUGGAAAAUAAACAGACUUCAUCAAAGAAAAAAUUGAUAUCCAUCCGAGAAGAAAAACUAAUACGUGAAGUAAAUUACGACGGGCUUGUUGGGGCUGCGCCUCAUCUGUCAAAAAAACAGCUGCUAUUAGAUUUAGAAAUUCUUAAAAAGGGACAAACUCGUCAUCCUGCUCUUCAAAGAGUUCUGGUGUCCAUUAAGCCACGACAAACGCCAGCCAUUAAAACUAUAUACAUAGCGGAGAAGAGUAGAUAUUGUAGUAAGAAGGGAUCCGAGAAGUCAGGGUCAAUACUAGCAAUUGGAGACCAUUCUUCUUUCGUGACUCGCUACAGUGAAGAUGAUUCUGAUCAGUUUCUAAAAUCGAUAGCCUGCAUACCUGAGAAGCAGACGAAUAAAAGCGAAAUUGAAUGUCGAAAAGUUUGGUCUAGUUCUGAGCAGGUAGAGACGUCAACAACUGCUUCGAAAUGUUUCCUUGCUAAAUGUCAAAAGACAGUUAGUCAAUGCCCAGAGCAAUACUAUGCACGCACUCAGACUUCUUCAAAUAUGAAUUAUCUUAAUGCUGACAUUAUAACUAAUAAACAAAACAAACCCGACAAAGUUGAUAUUUCUACUCAUAUAAUAUCCAAAACACCACCUGAAAAUUCGCCUUUGCCUUCCCAUAGUACAUUAAAUAUGUUACAUAAGAGAAUCGAAACAUUAGAACGAAAAAUUUUGAGACAAGAAAGGGUUUUUCGUUCUAUUGAUCCUAAUAUGCCUCUAUCUUCGUCAGAUGAAGAAUCGAAAGGUCUCACAAUGAGAAAUAUAUCUGCGACAGCACACCCGGGUUGUAGUUAUAUACAGCAAUACAGUCACAUUCCUGAGACGUCGGCGUUCCAAAGAUACAAUCAGCAACAAACGGCACCACUGUCUCCAAGCAAAGCUGCCACUUUGGAAAAAGAGCAUAAUUCAGAGCAAUAUGGAAGAGAUUUUACUACCUAUGAUGGCAUUACCGCUAGAGGUCGACGCCAGUGCGCAUCGGUACCAUGCAAACGAGAAGAUGUUCCCAAAAUAGCUGCCGAGAGAGUUCACAAAAUACGGCACAAACUUAAUCCUGUGAGAGAUUACAGACUCAUGGAUACAGUUCAUUAUUUAGCUCAAGGUGAAUUUGCGCCACGGGAUGACGGAAUAAAAUUGACACCCUCUAGAGAAGGAGUUCUCAGUGAUAUAAUAUGGGAGGAUGUUUGCAGGACCCAUUGGCCAAAUGCUCGCUUAGGUCGUAGACUACCACAUACAGACCGGUAUAAUAUGAGGUGCGAGUUACAAAGACUUAUAGACAGUUUGUUAAGAGAACGAGUAGCUCAUGUCGAAAGAAGAAAACGGCGACAUUACAGAAUUGUUAAAUUAAACCACCGUCAUGAAAACUGCCGACCCGUAGGCAAAACUGGAGAUAUCAUAGUAGCCAGUCACAAGGAUAGGCACGAAGAAAAUAGGGAAGUUACAUUGAGUGAUUUAAAUACAGAAAGGCGACGUGAAAAUGAAAAUACUCGUAAAAGUCACAGAAGCCAUGAUCGUUUGACAUUUCCAGAAGUACGAGGAAGGAGACCAAUGAAAGAAGAAGAAUGUGUUGCUGGGCCAAGUUAUGCUGGGCACCGGUCUCCUAACAAUCGUGAAGCUACCUGUUGUUACCAUUCAUCCAGUCCUACCAAACUAGACAGAGGCACAGUCCCCACGACCACCACUAGAGGAAAUGUAGUUAACACUUUAAAUAGUGGCAGCAGUAUAUCGACUAACAAAAAUCAACAAAAAAAUCCACGUUUGAUUAUUAAAAAAGAAAAUUCAAGACGAAAAUAUCAAACUAAAGAUGAACCUGAUCUUGAACACUAUAUAUUACUGCCUACAUUAGUAGUGCGCACACCAUCUAAUGUGAAACGUCAAAAGAAAUUUAACGAAUUAUAUCACAGAAUUUUAAAUGUUCAAUUAAAAAAUGCUGACACAAAUUCCGCAAAAUCAGGAUCGCAGAGCGACAAUAAACCAGCCACCAAAAUUGAUAUGAAUCUAAAUUCUACACGCACAGAUAGCUCCGAUCUUUGUCACACUGACACUAAUACUUGAAGAACUUCAAUAAAUAUCAGGAAACACCGGAUUAAUUACAAUGUAGUAAUAAAAAUUUUGCUGAUUCAGUUAAUUAUAUUCUGAUUUUCGAUUUA